AUGGUAUCAGAGCCACCGCGACCCACCAGCUACGUCGCCGCAGUCGCCGGAACUGGAGAAUCCAGUCAGAAAACUCAUCCUUCCGCACCAGUCAAUCGAUCGCCAAUCAAUACCUCACCGCCAAACAGAAGCCUUAAUCUCACUCCGCAGAGGAGUAACAUAUCAGAAGACAUAGAAAAUCCUCUUCAUCUCAACAGCAAUGAGAGCUCCAACGCCAUCCUUGUGAUUCCUCCCCUUACCGAAAGCAACAACUACGGAACAUGGAGCAUAUCCAUGCGUGUGGCGUUGGAAGUGAAGAACAAGUGGGGGAUCGUUGAUGGCAGCAUCACUCCAUCGGAUAGAUCGAGCAAUCAGUAUGCGGGAAAUCUGACGGUUAAUGAGUAUUACACAAAAUGUCGAAUCCUUUGGGAGCAGAUGAAUGAGCUGAGGCCGAUUGCGGUAUGCAAGUGCGAUCCACGUUGUUCAUGUAAUCUUCUAGAUGAGAUCAGAAGCGAGCGUGAAGUGGAUCAGACUCCUCAGAUUGUCACCAAUGACAUUGUCGCAGCUUUCAAUCAAUUCAACAACAGGAAAAACAUGAACUCUGGCAAUGGCGGUAACAAGGCUAAGUGUACCUUCUGUGGAAUGAGUGCCCACACAAUAGAAAAGUGCUAUAAGAAGCACGGCUAUCUGCCCGGUUGGAUACCGGGAUACAAAUCAAAAGAAAGACAGCAAACCAUAGCAGCCUCCACAAGUCGUGAUGCCGGUGCUACUGAUCAUAUAGUGUGCUCUUUGGGAUUAUUUGAUGAUUAUUAUGCUGUUGAAGGAACAAGGUGUCAGCUUCAGGGGAAACUUGGGAAGAUGAUUGGAUUUGCUAAGGAACAAAAGGGCUUAUACCUUCUACUCAAGCCACCAAUAGACCAUAGUAUGUCAUGUACUCACUUUGCCAUGUCCUGUAGUGCUGAAACUUGGCACCGAGGAUUAGGGCAUUUCCCUAUCAAUAAAAUGCAUCGUUUGAAUGAUAUCUCUAUGUCCAGUACUAAGAAUUUAAUCUGUGAUACCUAUCACUUUGCCAAACACAAGAGAGCUCCAUUUCCUCUCAGCACUACUAUGUCAAAAGUGUGUUUUGAACUCAUUCAUGUAGACAUUUGGGGUCCGUUCAUGGUUCAAUCAUUAGGAGGAGAACGUUACUUCCUAACCAUUGUCGAUGAUUACUCAAGAUACACAUGGCUCCAUCUAAUGAGGCACAAAUCAGAGACUCAGAAUCUAAUCAGAAAGUUCCACAAAUAUGUCCAUACUCAGUUCGGGCUUCCGAUUAAGAUCAUACGUAGCGAUAAUGGUCCGGAAUUUAAUAUGGUGAAUUUCUUUGAUGAUAAUGGUAUUAUCCACCAGCGAACAUGCAUGUACACCCCGCAGCAAAAUGCAGUGGUAGAACGAAAGCAUCAACAUGUUCUGACAGUAGCAAAAGCCCUCUGA